AUGGCUUAUAGAAUCACUAAAUGUAAAAAACCUCAUACAAUUGCUGAAGAGCUUAUCCUACCAGCUGCAGUAGAUAUGGUGAAUAUGAAAGAAAUGAGAGUGGCUGUAUCUACUUUGAUUCCAAGAUUUGAAAAAUUGUACAGUGAUUUGCAAGCGCAUCCAUCCCAUUAA